AUGGCGGCGCCCAGGGCUCCGCCGGCCGCCGCUGCCCUCACGGUGCUGCUUUCGGUCGCGGCUUCCGCGCCCGGGAUCCUGCGGGGUGUCCCCUCCUCUCGCUCCGCCGCCUCGCUGCGCCCCGCCGCCCUGCGCGACGGGGAAGUUCACAGGUUGGUCACCUACACCUUUGUCUAUGAAGAUCUGAUCUCCCUGACCUGCGGUGCCGUUGCCAUCUGGUACUUUGCUGGCAGCUUUGAGAGGAACGUGGGCACAGCGAAGCACUGCCUCCUCACCAUCACCUUCUCCGUGCUCUCUGCCCUCCUCUACCUCCUCCUGGAGCCCCUUGUCUCCCGGGUGUGGCAGGUGGGAGAUGCCAAAGGGUUCCUGCCGGUGGCUUUUGCCAUGCUGGGUGUGUCCACCACCCGCUCGCGGAUGAAGAGGACUCUGAUUUUCGGGUGCCGGGUUCCAGUGGUGCUGGUGCCCUGGUUUGUGCUCUGCAUGGCGUGGUUUAUCCCCCACUCCUCUCUCCUGGGUAACCUGUGUGGGCUCCUGGUGGGGGAAGCCUAUGGUCUUGGCUACUGUUUCUGCCUGGAUUUUCCAGAGUCAGUGGGCUCUAAGCUGGACCGGGUGUUCCCUUUCACUCUGCUGAAGAGGAUCCCAGGGCUGAAAUACAUCCCAGGGUCCUUAGCAGAGAGAAGAGCUUCUGAAAACACCAAGAUUAACCCUGCACCAGGCACUUACCCCACCCAAAACUACUACUGCCCUUCGCCUCCCGCUCUUCCUGCUUCCCAGAUGCAGCAUUCCAACGCUCAGAGCCAGGGCUUUCAUCACAGCUGCGCUCCGGGACAUGGCCGGGUGCCGGGACACGAGGGAUCUCAGCAGGGCCACGCUGCAGGACACAGCCUCAGUUCUUCCCGCUGCCAAUCCAGAGGUGCCUUGGGAGAGUGUUGUGGGCAGGCCCACGUGGGAGCCUCCUCAGGACAGUGCUGCCAGCUGGGCACGUUCUCUCCCCCUCAGCGCGUGUGCCCGACUGAUCCACAGCCACCAGCGGGCGUGGGCCCCCUGGCUGGUGCUCAGCAAGCACCAGGGUAUCCAGCACCCACAGUGCCUGCUGCUGCAGCUGAAUUUACCAGAGUCCAGGUGUACUGAUCCUCCAGGGAGCAUCAGGACUCACGCAGGGGCAGGACCACUGUGUGAUGCUCAUGCAGCAGCGCGUUGCUGGCAUCUUUGCUGUGUCUGGGGUGACUGUUGGAAUGCAUUGGUAGCUCCAAUGUAAGCCAUUCCCCUGCUCCCUGGCACAGGCUACUUGAAUUUCCUUUAUGAUUGGUUUUUUUUACUUUUUAAUAUUGGUGGAGGUGGGGACUGUAUCAGAUCAGUGCACUUCUCAUCCUUUUGAAGUCUUUUUUCGUUGCUGCAUUUAGCAGCUGGCUUUUUCCACACUGCCACUAGAGUUCCAGUGCACCAGCUCCCUGAGUCAAGGUGCAAAUCUCACUGUCAAAACACUGGAGUUUAACUAGGCUGCAGCUAAAAGCACCUACUCUUCUUUUACAUUUACACUUCUGUCUUGUUUACAGGUGUGAUGUAGCUAGGACCCAAAAGAGGUGGGAAUCAGGCAAGCCUUAGUUUAUAACUUAAAUUUUUGAGUGGAGGAGGACAGAUGUGUGUUCUACUGGUGACUUCCCCACUAAAAGAUUGCCAUGAAGAGAGCUUGUUAAACCAAGCUGGGGCAAGAGGAUAGAACACAGAGCACCUUUUUCUGCCACCACAAAACACAGCUGUAAAAUGCUCAAGGUCCUUCUUAGCUACAGUCUGUGCCUGCAUCAACAUGGUGCCUUCAUUUUCUGAUAGCACUGCACCGGCUCAGCCUGUGUCACCAGCACUUGUCAAUAAGGCCACCUCAGAUGCACGAGAAGUACUGGGAGACUCUUCAGUAACAAAUUUUGGCCAUUUGUGGGGCAAAUGUUUAUAAAUCCAAGGAAUGUUGCAGUGCUGUUGGGGGUGUUCACACUGCUCAGCUUUAGAAGUCUCACCUACCAAUAUUAGCACGAUCGCUCUGUUUUCUUCAGAGCUGGUGGGCAGGCGUGUGGGAGAGGGGAGUUUUCAGCAAAGGAUUUGGAGCAGGUUGCACUGUUUGGUGCCUAUGGCUGUAAUGAAGAAGGUUGGUCGAGUUGCAGGGAUUUGAGAGUUAUUCCCAGCUGCGUAGCUGCUGGACUGUGCCAUGCCCAGGAGGAAUCUGCUGUCUCUGUGUCUGUAAAUCAGCCAGGAUCUCAACUAUUGCCCUUGACUCUGCUCAGAGUUUUGUUGAGUU